AUGAUGAGUAACAGCGGCUUCUUGGAGCCGCAGCUGCCGCCGCAGUUGUACCAAGGCCCCGCAGACACCGGGGAGGAGGAGGAGGAGAUGCCGGCCACGGAGAAGGACCUGGCGGAGGACGCUCCGUGGAAGAAGAUCCAGCAGAACACGUUCACGCGCUGGUGCAACGAGCACCUGAAGGUGAUGAACAAGCGGAUCAGCGACCUGCAGAAGGACCUGAGCGACGGGCUGAAGCUCAUCGGGCUGCUGGAGGUGCUGAGCCAGAAGAAGAUGUACCGGAAGUACCACAACAGACCCAACUUCAGGCAGAUGAAGCUGGAGAACGUGUCCGUGGCGCUGGAGUUCCUGGAGAGAGAGCACAUCCGGCUCGUGUCCAUCGACUCUAAGGCGAUCGUGGACGGGAACCUGAAGUUGAUCCUGGGUCUGAUCUGGACCCUGAUCCUCCACUACUCCAUCUCCAUGCCCAUGUGGGAGGACGAGGACGACGAGGACGCGAAGAAACUGACGCCAAAGCAGCGUCUGCUGGGCUGGAUCCAGAACAAGGUGCCGCAGCUCCCCAUCACCAACUUCCACCGAGACUGGAGGGACGGGAAGGCGCUCGGAGCACUGGUGGACAACUGUGCCCCCGGUUUGUGUCCAGACUGGGAAACAUGGGAUCCCAGUCAGCCGGUGGAGAACGCCAGAGAGGCCAUGCAGCAGGCCGACGAUUGGCUCGGAGUUCCACAGGUGAUCGCUCCAGAGGAGAUUGUCGACCCAAACGUGGACGAGCACUCUGUGAUGACCUACCUGUCUCAGUUCCCUAAAUCCAAACUAAAGCCCGGCGCCCCCUUGAGGGCAAAGACUCUGCACCCGAAAAGAGCCAAAGCUUUCGGACCUGGUAUCGAACCUCGAGGGAACAUGGUUCUGAAAGCAGCAGAGUUCCUGGUGGAGACGGUGGAGGCCGGACUGGGUGAGGUUCUGGUUUACGUGGAGGAUCCUGAGGGACAUACGGAGGAGGCUCGAGUCAUCCCCAACAACGACAGGAACAGAACCUACUCUGUGGUCUACCUGCCCAAAGUGGAGGGGCUUCAUAAGGUGAAGGUGCUGUUCGCUGGGCAGGACAUUGACAGAAGUCCCUUCAUCGUGAACGUUUCCAAGGCCAUGGGCGACCCGAGCAGAGUCCAGGCCCGCGGGCCGGGGCUGCAGACGACGGGGAACGUGGCCAACAAGCCGACGUACUUUGAUAUUUACACAGCAGGGGCGGGAGCCGGAGACGUGGGCGUCAUCAUCGUGGACUCUAACGGUCGCAGGGACACAGUGGAGAUUGUCCUGGAAAACAAAGGGGACAGUAUUUUCCGCUGCACCUAUGUUCCCGUCCUGGAGGGGGCGCACACCGUAUGCGUGACCUUUGCCGGGCAGCAGAUUCCCACAAGUCCUUUCACUGUCCACAUCUGUGAGGCCUGCAACCCGAACGCCUGCCGGGCGUCGGGCCGCGGUCUGCAGCCGAAAGGUCUGAGGGUGAACGACGUGGCAGAUUUUAAAGUUUACACUAAAGGCGGCGGCAGCGGGGAACUGGAAGUCUCCGUGCAGGGACCAAACGGCCUGGAGGAGCCGGUGAAGGUCCUGGAGGUGGAAACCAGUGUGUUUGAGUGUAAUUAUUAUCCCAUCAUGAUGGGAAAAUACAUCGUCACCAUCACGUGGGGAGGACACAGCAUCCCCCGCAGUCCGUUUGAAGUGCAGGUCGGUGAGGAGGCGGGGCCUCAGAAGGUGAGGGCCUGGGGCCCGGGGCUGGAGACCGGGGCGGUGGGGAAGAGUGCGGACUUUGUGGUGGAGGCCAUCGGGACGGAGGUGGGGACGCUCGGUUUCUCCAUCGAGGGCCCGUCUCAAGCUAAGAUCGAGUGUGACGACAAAGGUGACGGAUCAUGUGACGUUCGUUACUGGCCGACUGAACCCGGCGACUUCGCCGUCCACGUCAUUUGUGACGACGAGGACAUCAAGGACAGUCCCUUCAUGGCUCACAUCCUCUCUGCUGCCAACGACAUCUUCCCAGAGAAGGUGAAAUGUUACGGUCCCGGUCUGGAGCCUCUCGGCUGCAUCGUCAACAAACCGGCGGAUUUCACCAUCGAUGCUCACGGAGCCGGACGAGGGGAACUGAAGCUCUACGCUCAGGACGCCGAGGGUUUCCCCAUCGACAUACAGAUCACAGAAAAUGAGGACAGCACCUUCCUCUGCGUUUAUAUUCCCACUAAACCCAUCAAACACACCAUCAUCGUGACCUGGGGCGAGGUCAACGUCCCCAGCAGCCCGUUCAGGGUGACGAUCGGUGAAGGCAGCCACCCGGAGAACGUGAAGGUUCACGGUCCAGGCGUGGAGAACUCGGGACUGAAGGCCAACGAGCCCACGUACUUCACCGUGGACUGCAGCGAGGCCGGCCAGGGUGACGUCAGCAUCGGGAUCAAAUGUGCUCCAGGCGUGGUCGGAGCUGCCGAGGCCGACAUCGACUUCGACAUCAUCAAGAACGACAACGACACGUUCACGGUGAAGUACACGCCCCCGGGUCCCGGACAGUACACCAUCAUGGUCCUGUUCGCUGAUCAGGAAAUACCCAUCAGCCCCUUCAGAAUAAAGGUGGAUCCCUCCCAUGAUGCAGCUAAAGUCCGAGCAGAAGGACCUGGACUGAGUAAAACCGGUGUCGAGGUGGGGAAACCAACUCACUUCACCAUCUACACUAAAGGAGCAGGAAAAGCCAAACCCGAGGUUCAUUUCACUGCCGCCACUAAAGGUGAAGCCGUCAGAGACUUCGAGAUCAUCGACAACCACGACUACUCCUACACCGUCCGCUACACGGCCGUCCAGCAGGGCAACGUGUCCGUCACCGUUUGUCACGGAGGAGACCCCAUCCCCAAAAGUCCCUUUAACAUCAGUGUGGCGCCGCCUAUGGACCUGAACAAGGUCAAAGUUCAAGGGCUUAACAACAAGGUGGAUGUUGGGAAAGAUCAGGAGUUCACCAUCAGUACACGAGGAGCUGGAGGUCAGGGCAAACUGGAGGUCAAGAUCACUUCCCCGUCACGUCGACCAAUCCCCUGCAAGCUUGAGUCGGGAACAGCCAAUGAGCUUCACACAGUGAAAUACAUCCCCCCCGAGGAGGGGCUGCUCCGACUGGACGUCUGCUACGACGGACACCCCGUCCCAGGAAGUCCGUUCACUGUGGAGAGCGUGAUGCCGCCCGACCCGACCAAGGUGCGGGCCUAUGGUCUAGGUCUUCAGGGAGGCGUUGUGGGUAAACCCGCCCCCUUUGCCAUUGACACCAAGGGAGCGGGCACCGGCGGUUUGGGGUUGACGGUGGAGGGGCCGUGCGAAGCAAAGAUCGAAUGUCAGGACAACGGUGAUGGCUCCUGUUCGGUGUCCUACUUACCCACUGAGCCCGGUGAGUACGCCAUCAAUAUCCUGUUCGCUGACCAGCACAUCCCCGGCUCCCCCUUCAAGGCCGUGGUACAAACCGCCUUCGAUCCCAGCAAGGUGACGGCGAGCGGCCCCGGCCUAGAGCGAGGCAAAGUCAACGAGGACGGAUCGUUCACGGUGGACUGCUCCAAAGCCGGAGAGGCGGAGCUCACCAUCGAGAUCAUCUCAGACUCUGGAGCCAAAGCUGAAGUUCACGUCCAGAGCAACAGCGACGGGACCUACUCCAUCACCUACAUCCCACAGGUCCAGGGCAUGUACACCAUCACCAUCAAGUAUGGAGGACACGCCGUGCCCACGUUCCCCGUCCGCCUGCAGGUGGAGCCGGCUGUGGACACCAGCGGAGUCGAGGUCUACGGACCUGGAGUCGAACCCAGAGGCGUCCUGAGGGAAGUCACCACACAUUUCAUCGUCGAUGCUCGGUCGCUCUACAAAAGUGGCAGUCAGAUCAAAACCUGCAUCUCCAACCCGUUAGGCGCCAACACAGACGCCUACAUAACCGACAAGGGCGACGGGACGUACCGGGUGGAGUACACGCCGUAUGAGGACGGUUUACAUCUGAUCGACGUUCUGUUCGGCGACGUCUCUCUGCCGAAGAGUCCGUUCAGAGUGACGGUGACGGAGGGUUGUGACCCCAGUCGAGUGCGAGCGUACGGUCCAGGUCUGGAGGAAGGACUGGUCAACAAACCCAACCGGUUCACCGUCGAGACCAGGGGAGCAGGCACCGGGGGUCUGGGUUUGGCCAUAGAGGGUCCGUCUGAGGCGAAGAUGUCGUGUAAAGACAACAAAGAUGGCAGCUGCAGCGUGGAGUACAUCCCCUUCACUCCUGGAGACUACGACGUCAACAUCACGUUUGGAGGUCUCCCUAUCCAAGGAAGUCCUUUCAGGGUCCCAGUGCGAGAGCUGGUGGAUCCCAGUAAGGUGAGAUGUUCAGGUCCUGGACUAGGAAGUGGAGUCAGAGCUCAGGUCUGCCAGACGUUCACUGUCGACUGCUGCAAGGCCGGCGUCGCUCCGCUGGAGGUUCAGCUCUACGGCCCGACAGGUGUGACCGAACCCAUCAGCAUCAGCGACAACGGUGACGGGACUCACACGGUGAACUACACUCCUGCCAACGAUGGCCCGUACACUGUGUGUGUGAAGUACUCCGACCAGGAGGUUCCUCGCAGUCCGUUCAAGAUCAAGACGUUACCGGCUCACGAUGCCAGUAAAGUUCGAGCCAGCGGUCCCGGUCUGAACGCAUCAGGGGUCCCAGCCAGUCUGCCGGUGGAGUUCACCAUCGAUGCCCGGGACGCUGGAGAGGGACUGCUCACCGUCCAGAUCCUGGAUCCAGAGGGGAAACCUAAGAAGGCAAACAUCCGAGACAACCGGGACGGGACGUACACGGUGUCCUACGUCCCCGACAUGACGGGACGCUACACCAUCACCAUCAAAUACGGAGGAGACGAGAUACCGUACUCGCCGUACAGAAUCCACGCCUUGCCCACCGGGGACGCUAGCAAGUGUCAGGUUACAGUGUCGAUUGGAGGACACGGUCUGGAAUCAGGGAUCGGCCCGGCCAUCCAGAUUGGCGAGGAGACCGUCAUCACUGUGGACGCAAAGGCUGCCGGUAAAGGUAAAGUCACCUGUAAGGUGUCGACUCCUGACGGAGCGGAGCUGGACGUGGACGUAGUGGAGAACGCAGACGGGACGUUUGAUAUCUACUACACGGCCCCGGAGCCCGGGAAGUACGUCAUCACCAUCCGGUUCGGAGGGGAACACAUUCCCAACAGCCCCUUCCACGUGGUGGCGACCGAUGAUCCCAUCAGCCCCGUGGACGGGAUGGAGCCGGAGCUCCGCCCCUUCAGUCUCGUCAUUCCCUUCACGGUGCAGAAAGGAGAAAUCACAGGUGAGGUGCGAAUGCCGUCUGGUCGAACCUCCGCUCCUCACAUCACAGACAACAAGGACGGAACCGUCACCGUGAAGUACUCGCCCUCUGAACGAGGUCUUCACGAGAUGGACAUCAAAUAUGAUGGAAACCACAUCCCCGGAAGUCCUCUUCAGUUCUACGUUGAUGCCAUCAACAGUGGUCACGUGACAGCGUACGGCCCCGGGCUGAGCCACGGCACCGUGAACCGACCGUCUACGUUCACCAUCGUCACUAAAGACGCCGGCGAAGGGGGUCUGUCUCUGGCGGUGGAGGGUCCGUCUAAAGCUGAGAUCAGCUGUAAGGACAACAAAGACGGGACGUGCACCGUGUCCUACCUGCCGACCGCGCCGGGCGACUACAACAUCAUCGUCAAGUUUGACGACAAACACAUCCCCGGCAGCCCCUUCACCGCCAAGAUCACCGGCGACGACUCCAUGAGGACGUCUCAGCUCAACGUCGGCACGGCAACAGACGUGUCCUUGCAGAUCACGGAGUCGGACCUGACGAGUCUGACGGCGAGCAUCCGGGCGCCGUCCGGCAGCGAGGAGCCGUGUUUGCUGAAGAGGCUUCAGAACAGACACAUCGGGAUCUCGUUCACGCCAAAGGAAGUGGGCGAACAUGUGGUCAGCGUGAAGAAGAACGGGAAACACGUGACCAACAGUCCCUUUAAGAUCCUGGUGGGUCAGUCUGAGAUCGGAGACGCCAGUCAGGUGAAGGUCCUGGGUCAGGGGCUGCUGGAGGGACACACCUUUGAGGUGUCCCAGUUCGUCGUGGACACCAGGAACGCAGGUUACGGAGGUCUGGGUCUGUCCAUCGAGGGACCCAGUAAAGUGGACAUUAACUGUGAGGACGUGGAGGACGGAACCUGUAAAGUCACCUACUGUCCCACCGAGCCUGGAAACUACAUCAUCAACAUCAAGUUCGCUGAUCAACACGUUCCAGGAAGUCCGUUCACCGUGAAGAUGCUGGGCGAGGGGCGGAUGAAGGAGAGCAUCACCAGGAGGCGCCAGGCGCCCUCCAUCGCCACCGUCGGCAGCACCUGUGACCUCAACCUGAAAAUACCAGGGAACUGGUUUCAGAUGGUGUCCAACCAGGAGCACCUGACGCGGACGUUCACCCGCAGCAGUCACACGUACACUCGCACCGAGAGGACGGAGAUCAGCAAGACGCGAGGAGGCGAGACCAAGAGGGAGGUGCGCGUGGAGGAGAGCACGCAGGUCGGGGAUCCCUUCAGGGAGGUGUUCGGAGACUUCCUGGGUCGAGAGGGUCGGAGCGGCUUCAACAGACCGCCACUGCAGGACGGUGAGGCAGGUAACCAGGAAAUGACGGCUCAGGUGACGAGUCCCGGAGGAAAGACGGAGGAGGCGGAGAUCAUUCGAGGAGAAGACAGCACCUACAGCGUCCGGUUCGUCCCUCAGGAGAUGGGCCCUCAUACCGUUAACGUUAAAUACCGGGGCCAGCAUGUUCCAGGGAGCCCCUUCCAGUUCACUGUGGGGCCCCUGGGAGAGGGAGGGGCCCACAAGGUCCGAGCAGGAGGAACCGGACUGGACCGAGGAGUGGCCGGGAUCCCGGCUGAGUUCAGUAUCUGGACCAGAGAAGCCGGAGCCGGAGGUUUGUCCAUCGCUGUCGAAGGACCCAGUAAAGCUGAGAUCACGUUUGAAGACAGGAAGGACGGAUCCUGUGGCGUCGCCUACGUGGUUCAGGAACCUGGUGAUUAUGAGGUUUCUAUUAAAUUCAACGAUGAAAACAUCCCAGAUUCUCCGUUCAUCGUCCCCGUCGCCUCUUUGUCGGACGACGCCCGCCGGCUCACCAUCACCAGCCUGCAGGAAACGGGUCUGAAGGUGGGACAGGAAGCUUCGUUCUCUGUGCAGCUGAACGGAGCCCGAGGUCUGAUCGAUGCUAAGAUCCACUCGCCGGCAGGAGCCGUGGAGGAGUGUCACAUCACCGAGCUGGACAGUGAUCAACACGCCAUCAGGUUCAUCCCGAGAGAAAACGGCGUUCACUCCAUCGAUGUUCGUUUUAGCGGCAGCCACGUCCCCGGCAGCCCCUUCAAGAUCCGAGUGGGAGAACCAGGACAGGUCGGAGAUCCUGGUAUGGUGUCAGCCUUCGGACCAGGACUGGAGGGAGGAAUCACAGGUGUAGCGUCAGAGUUUAUCGUGAACAUCUGUAAUGCUGGCUCCGGAGCUCUGUCGGUGACCGUGGACGGACCCUCCAAAGUGAAGAUGGACUGUCAGGAAUGUGCUGAGGACUACAAGGUCUCAUACACACCCAUGGCCCCUGGAAACUACCUGAUCUCCAUCAAGUAUGGAGGUGGUCACGUGGUCGGAAGUCCCUUCAAGGCCAAAGUCUCAGGACCUCGUCUGUCCGGUGGACACAGUCUUCAUGAGACGUCGUCCGUUCUCGUAGAAACUGUCACCAAGUCGUCGAUGAUGGGCGGGGCCUUCGCCUCUUUACCCAAGUUCUCGUCAGACGCGAGUCAGGUGGUGUCCAGAGGCGCCGGCCUAUCGAAGGCCUUCGUCGGGCAGAAGAACGCGUUCACGGUCGACUGCAGUAAAGCAGGGACCAACAUGUUGAUGGUCGGUGUCCACGGCCCGAAGACGCCGUGUGAGGAGGUGUACGUCAAACACAUGGGCAACAGGAUGUACAACGUCACGUACACGGUCAAAGAGCAGGGCAGCUACAUCCUCAUCGUCAAGUGGGGGGACGAGAACGUCCCCGGGAGCCCGUUCCACGUCACCGUCCCUUGAACCUGGACUCGCCACGUCCGUCUCGCCACGUCCACAUCGCCUGAGACUGUCUCAUUCACACUGUCCUGUUUACUGUUGCUAAGGCAAUGGCUUUGCCUUUACUGAAUCAGCAGCUGCGGUUUGCGUGAACAACGAGAACCUGCGCUAGCUUCAAGAACCGGAUCCUCGGCUUAUUUAUUGUCUGACAGAAACGGUCUUAUUGUGGAGGAGAAUCUUUGAGAAACAGAUUUUUGUUUUUUACCACAUGAGAAGUUGCUUUAACGUGUGAAUGAUAAAAACAUCGUAUUUACAGAGUGAAGAGAUUUUCUAGUGAUUUUAUAUGAAUGAGUUUGAUUUGUUCGGUUUUCAGGAAGAAUUAAAGUUCUGCUGCUC